AUGGAGAACGCCGUGAAUUUAGUCGACACGCCAAGUAGAACCUCAGGCCGUCCACGGGUGGACCUUGAGCCUUACAAAGAUGAAAUCAUUGCAUUGAUUGAAAAGAAAACGAAGGGCACCGAUGUCUGCAAGCAUCUGAAGGAGCAGCAUGGUAUCCAACUCUCGGCGCGUACUCUCAACAAACGCCUUCAAGCAUGGGGCAUCAAGGAGAAAAAGGAGCAAUAUAACUCCAACAACCCAGAACUGCACGCCCGAGUUAAAAACCUCUUCUUCGACGUCGGUCUAAGCGACCAGGAAAUCAUCACCGUUCUACACGACGAGGGUUACGCGGUCUCUCUCCGUACCCUUCGCCGACUCCGCAGCCGCCUCGGCAUCCGCCUUCGUCUUGACACCCCUGCCCAACAACAGGCACAGGUGCAGGAGAUUCUCAAUGCGCUGACUGAGGAAUUAGACAAGGGGACCAUUGAAGGGUAUGGAAAGGAAUUGCUGCACAACCAUUUCCGCAGCAAGGGGCAUGUCUUCGCCCGCGAUCGUCUCUAUAGUGUCUACCGCAUGCUGCGUCCGGAUACGACAGAGCGCCGCACGAGUGAUGUGCCCCGGCGCCCUCCCCCGCCGAAGGUUCUCGUCGGUCCGAAUCUGACCUGGCAUGUGAAUUACUACAACAAGCUGGCCAAUUUUGGCUUCCGCAUUCAUGCCGAGAUCGAUGCCUAUUCUCGAUACGUACUAUGGAUUCAUAUCGGUGUUGAGGCGCACACGGCCGUGGGCGUUCUGAAGAAUCACCUCGAAACUGUUUCAUCGAAAAAACGCCAACCACGCACUCUUCGAUCUGAUCUCGAGUCGGAGGUUCCUCUUCUGGCUGAUGUACACUUUGCUCUUCGCCGUACUACCGAGCCAGAUGUUCAGCGUGAUACGUGCUGUGCGCCGGGACGGGCUGCAGAUACCCACCGGAUUGAAUCUUGGUGGGCUCAGCUUGCUAAGUCUGUAGUAACAUUAUGGCAUAACUACUUCCGCCAACUCAACAGCGAAGGGCUCUUCACGUCAGCAAACAUCCCCGAACAAGUCGCCCUCUACGCAAUCUACAUGCCCAUCCUCCGCUCCCACAUACAAUCCUACGUCCAGACCUGGAACAUGCACAACAUCCGCAAACAAGCCGACCACCCGGAACGCGCCCCAGGAAAACCCUACAUGAACUACCACCACCCGCCCAAGGGCGUAGAAAACUUCGGCCUGCCAGCCGAUGGCCCAACACUGCAAGCCAUGCAGCAAGACUACGCCGACUACGACACAGAAGAAUAUCUACCCCCCGACACAUUACGCUGGUGUCAGGGGCAGCUGCAGCAGCUGAGCUUCGACCCUCAUAAACCCCCUGCGAGGCUGCCGGGCGAUCUGCAGCCGUUCCGCUCUGUUUACUUGGCUUUGCGGGAGCGGGCGUGGCAUCAUCAGAGAUCGGGGGCGGAGCCUAGGUUGGCGGUUUGUGGGAUUUCUCAGGGGUUACGGGGGUAUUUUCCCUCGUCGUGA